CCCGCCUGCCCACCCACUCGCCACCCGGCUGCCGUCGAGGAAACAACCUGCAACCGAACCAGCAUAACGUCUCCUCGGACAACGAUUUUCAUUCACUUGGUCUUCGUCUUCGGCAUAAGGAAGAGAGUCUUUUACGAUAUCGCAGGUACGUGACUAAUCUUCAACGACAAAGGGAACAGACACAUUUUCUCUACGGGUAGCAACGGCUUUUUACCUGACCAUGGAGGGAAGCGGCACGGGUAUUAGCAGACUUGAUUGCUACGAGGAUAUGUUUAAAGAAAUUACUAGAAAGCUUUAUGGCGAGGAUCCGGAUCAUAGAACAUCAAACGUGCAAAAUGAAUUUGAAACUUCGGUGACAUACAAAAAUGACGAAGACACUGGAAAUGGUACGGAUGGAAGUGACGAUGGCCACUGGGCAUACGAAGAGGAGCCACUAAAGGGAACGGAUGGAAGUCGAAUUGCUGCUUAUCAUUCGGGAAAAGCCACGUGGCGAUGUGAUGAAUGCGGUUUAUUAACAGGUGAUGUUAUGGGAUGUGGUCCGCGUGAAGUUGCAGAACACUUCAUAGAGCUCCAUUCGGCAAGAAUUCUUACAGAUAACAGUAGAAACAGACAUCAUUCGCCACGUAAAGAUUACAUGCAGAUUGAUCUCAAAAUUGAAGACGUAAUAUUGUAUUUGGAAAGGUUGCGUGAACGUGCCGAACGUGUAGCGCCUCCUACUCGAAGGACACAAGAAACGCAGACAGUACCAGCAGCUUUACUGCCAGUUACGUCGAGCUUCCUACUGCAAGAACUGCCAUCUGCUCCCACGCCACAUAUGCAACAGAAUUCAGGCACGAUGGCCACCCCCGCCACUGCAUCUACGAGCACUAAACGAUAUUGCUGUCCGUACUGCCCCUAUGGUACAGACAGACGCGAUCUUUUCACACGUCACGAGAAUAUUCACCGCGAGGAAAAACCCUUUCAGUGCUACGUCUGUUUUAAACCGUUCAAUCGCGCCGAUCACGUGAAGAAACACUUUAUGAGGAUGCAUCGCGAGCACACGUAUGACCUGAAUAGAAUACGAAGGCCAGCGGGAUCCAAAUCGUUACAACAGGACUCGGGUAAUACAGCGGCCGCAGCAGCAGCUGCAGCUGCAGUUGUAGCAGCGGCGACUGCUGGCACGAGCAAUCAACAACAACCGCAGCAGCAACACGCGAAUUAUCAAUCGAAUUUCGCCUGCAGUAAGAACUACCAGUUGCAGCCUAAUACUGUCCCAUCGACUAGCAACGGAACCAGUUCUUUAAGUCUCUACCAGGCACCGACGAUGGCCACGCCGGGUAUCAUGCAACCCAGCAAUAACUGCAAUGGGGGUAGACGAGUACAAAAUGGAUGCAACAGCAAGAGUCAUGUCAAGGGUGGCUCUAGGAGUGGUUCGCAGGAACGAAAGUACUACUGCGGAGCUUGUCCUUGGAUCGGUGGCGAUAAUUGGACAUUGAAACGGCAUAUGAACACUCACACGAAGCCUUUUGCGUGCACCCUGUGCGAGUACAAAGCAGCGCGCGCUGAACGACUGUCUACGCACGUGUUGAAAGUCCACAACAAGAGACAGUGCUCUAGGUGUUCAUUCCUGGCUGAAGACCUCGGUGAAUUGCAAAUACAUCAGCUUCAUGAUCACCGCAUAAACAACACGAGCACUCCAUCGACAUCGAUUGCACAAACGUCACCGCCAGUGAGCAAUCGUCUCCAACAAACUUUGCACCCCGUAGGUGGACGUCCGCCACCUGGUCCACCCAUUUUUCCCGCACCGCUGACUGCAAUCGCACCAACUACGACUGUGAUGCCAAGUACCAGCGAGAUGGUAAAGUCCCCUGCAACUGCAGCGACCAUGGCAUAUCCCACGGAGGAGGAGAGGCGGUCGCACCCUCGUAUAGACGGCAUCAAGGGUGGCGAUAGCGGUGACGGCAACAGCGACGCUGAUGAUGAUGAUGAUGAUGAUGAUGAUGAUGAUGAUGAUGAUGACGACGACGACGAUGAUGACGACGUCAUCCGUGGCAAUGGUAACCGCGACGCGUUCUCACGACACGUCUGUGGUAUCACGAGCGACAACGACGAUGAUCUCAUGCUGAGCUAUGCUAACGAGAAUAGUAAAGGCGCUAUCGAUAACAAUAAUUUUGCAUGCAGCUACGCGUCAGAUCCAAACGGACCGCUAAGUCUGACAUCAAACAACUCAGUAGUGGACGGGAACUGGACGCCACCGGAUGCAAUCCUGAACAUCGAGGAGCGAGCUUUCGGCCAGAAGGACGAAGGGAACAAGGAGAACAAGGAAGAUCAAGAAAACGAGGGCAACCAGGUGAUCCAGAUGAACGAGGAGAUUCAGGAGGAUCAGGAGAACAAGGAGAAUUACAAUACACCACGCAAGAAGAGACGCCGGAAGCAGAAGCGGCCAAUAAAAGUGAUAUGGAAUUUGGACGGCUGCGACUCGUGCGAACAGAAGAAACCGAUACUCGCCUUGGGUAUCGCGCAAGACGUCAUAUCGGAUGUCACGCAACAAGAUCCGCCGCAUAUCGAAGAAAAGGAGAUAACAGAAGAGACCACGUCCACCGAACAAUUGACCGAACGACGAUCUUGGCGAAAGAAGUUUCGGUGCUACUUAUGCCCAAAAAAUGCGCUCGCCCGAAGUGCGUGGCGACGACCUUAUCAUACCAAAGCUACGUUGAUGCUUCACCAACUGUGGAAGCAUAAACGGGAAACACCGUACAGUGUAUCAGCAUCACGCGUCUCCUUGCUCAUGCAAGCAAGUGAGCACACCGUCCUCACUAAAUGUAAACCUUUGAACCACAGAUAACGUCCGAGGGUGAAUCUAAAAGCAGAAGUUAACAAAACUCAUAUAGAUUAAUAUAUACAUAUCAAUAUAUACAUAAUAUGCACAUAUAUAUGUUGUGUAUAUAUUGUAUAUAUUGAUAUGUAUAUAUUAAUCUAUAUGAGUUUUGUUAACUUCUGCGUUUAGUUUGUAAUUUUUUCUUUCAUGAUUAUUGUAAUUCAUUUUAUUCUCUUACGACAAAGAAGAGAAAAUAAAUUUUAUGUUCGCCCCAGAUAGUGGUUCAUAUUUCUAUUUUUAUAUUGAUUUGAUGCUUAUAUACUUAACUACUGCGUUCUCAACUCGUUGAUGUUUACAUAUUUCUAACAGAGAUAAUUUUCUGAACAGGUUUCGGACGUCUUAUUGUAUACUGCGAAAUGAGAGAAAGGAAAAGAUUUUUUUCGAAUUUAGUCUUUAACAAAUUGUAAGACAAAGAAAAACGAAAGAGAAAAAGAAUAAUCAGACAGAAAUAAUAAAUAAAUAAAUAAUUUUCAGUGUCCACACUGACAGUAAUAUAUUGAUUUCCGUUUUCCAAUAAGUCAUUUUCUUAACGUGCAUUAAAAAAGAGCUAAAAAGGAAUAUAGAAAUUGUUUUCAGUUAUGGUCUUGCCAUUAGCUAAUUGUUGUUUUAUAUUAGGCAUAAAAAUAUCACAAAAGUUCUUUUUGAUACAUGUACAUAAUAUAUACAUAUAGUAUAAAUUUGUAUAUUAAUAUACUACAUUAAAACAUUUCAUUGUGUUUUCUAACAUAAACGCUGUCUAAUGAUGCGGCGUCAGUUUAAUUGAAAGUACUUUAAUAUAAUGUAAGAAUAUGUAAAUAAAUCUUUCGCCGUAGUUUCUUCUCAUAAGAUGUCCAUACUGACUGUAAAUGUUAUAUAGGAUAAUCCGAGCUCUUCUUGCAAGACAAUGGUUGGGCAAACGAAUGAUGAUACCAAAACUGGUAACGAAAUGUUAUCAAAACUUAGAUGUUCGCCAAUAAUCGAUGUCGUGCGGAUUUUUCACGUAUCGUAUAGAUUUUUUCAUGUUAAUGAAGACCAGAAAACGCGCUUUAAUCAUGAAGGAGCUAAUGAUUAAAUGAUACAAUUUCUGUACUCAACUGUGUGAUUAUAUGAAUUUUGUAUAAAGCAUUCGUACAAAAUCAUUAUCUCGUUUAUGUUAUUACUAUAUAUGUAUUAUGCUUGUUACACAUACAAAAUGAGAAAAAUAAAACCAGAUUUGAUAUAAA